AUGAAUGAAAGAAGUAAAAUAAAAUUUACUGACUACAUAAAUUUUAUAAGGAAAAAAAAAAAUUAUGAAAACAAUAAUUUAAUUAAAAAUUAUAAUGAAAUAAAUAGUUUCAAUUUAAAAAAUAGUAGUUAUAUAAGUAAUAAUUUAAAUCAUUAUAUAAAAAAUUUAUGCAAAUGCAAAAUGGAUAUGAAAGAUAAAAAAAAAAGUAUUUAUUUUUAUAAAGACAGACAAGAAGAAAGUAUAGAAAUAAGUUCUCAAGAGAAUAAUUUAAAUAUAUAUCAAAAGAGUAACGAGUUUUCCUAUGGUUUCAAUAAUCAAAAUAUAAAUAAAGGAAAUUUCUUAAAAAAAAAAAGCACAUUAUAUGAUAAUAGUUCAAAAAAUUCCUUUUUUUAUGAAAUAGAAAAUUCUGAAAAAAGUCAAAAUGAUUAUUCAAAUUUUGAAAAUGAAAAGGAAAAAAACAAUUUAUCAAGAAAAUCUUUUUAUUCCAUUUAUGAUUAUACUGAUGAGAAUGAUGAAAGUGAUUAUCAAAUUAUAAAAAAGAAUAAAAAAAACAAUAUACUUCACGAAAAAGGUUGCAAUACAUGCUACAAUGAUAACGUGUUAGAAGAUGUUUAUGAUGAUAAUUAUUAUAUGCACAUUUAUGAUACUGAUAAUCUUAAAAGCAACAAUUUGAUAACGAAAAGUAGUAAUAAAAAUAUAAAUAAAAAUAAAAACAAAGAUGCAAAUAUAAAUAGAAAUAAAUACUUCAAUAGAAAAAAAUACAAUAGAAAAAAGAAAAUUAGAAAAGAACUUAUAAAUAAAAUAGAUUAUUUAGUGAAAUGCUAUAAAAUAUAUAAUGCAAAAGUAAAGUUUCAUUACGUAGGUAUUAUCACAAUUUUGAAAAAAUACAUAUAUGUUAUAAAAAAUAAUAACAUUUUAUUUUUUAAAAAAAAAUUAAAUAACAAGAAAAUCCCUUUAAUUAGUAAAAUUAAAAAAAAAUACGAUAGUUGCUGCACAUUUUAUUUUAUACAAAAAAAGUAUUUAUAUAAUAUUGAAACAAAACAUAAAAGAAAUAGAUGUUCUUUCUUAAGAUAUUUAUAUCUUUGUAAACUAAAAAAAAAACUACAAAAUUAUUAUAGACAUAGAAAAUUAGAAAGAAAAUUUUUUUUUAAAAAUUUAAUGAAAUUAAUAAAUAGUCAAAUAAAAAAAAAUUAUUUUUUUAAUGAAUACAUAGAUUGCGGAUUGAAAGAUGAAUUUAACAAAAAUAAAAGUAUAAUUAAUAAGAAACAUAGUUCUAAUGAGCAUGCAAUAAAAAAAUAUCUCAUGUAUUGUUUUCAAAAUAAUACACAUUUUAGAGAAUCAUUAGAUAAUGAAAAAUCUUGUAAGAAAAUCAGUAAAUAUAAAAAAUAUACAAAUAAUGAAAAUAAAAAUUACGAAAAAAAAAAAAAAGAUAUAAAGAAAAAGAAAAAAGAAAGUUGUAUUGAUCUCGAGACUAAAAUGAAAGAUAUGUAUAAAAAAGAAAAAAAUAUUAAACAAAACAGUAUAACAAAAAAUGUAUGUGAUAAUAAAAAAGAAAAGGAAAAAUUUGAUAUUUGUGUAGAUUGUGGGCAAUUGUAUAUGAAUUUUGUAAAAGAAGCAAAUCAUUUCAAUAAUUUUAAAAAUGGUAAGUUAUCAAGUGAUAUAAAUAUUAUUAAAAAAGUUAUAUUAUCAAAAAAAGGAAAAAACGAGAAUUAUAUUGACAAUGAUAAGGGAAGUAACAAUAAUAUAAAUACUAUAAAUUGUAAAAAUAGUAGCAAUGAAAAAAAAAAUGAUAUAUACGAUAACAUAAAAAAAAGAAAUAACAGUAAGAACAGAAAUAUUAUAAAAAAUUACAACAAUAAUAAAAAUAAAAAUGAUAUAGAUAAAGUUAACAAUAAUGUUACUAAAAAAAUUACUGUUCAUAAUGUUGAAAACGUAAACAACGAUGAUAAUAAAAAUUUUAAUAGUGAUAGUAGUAAAAAUAUUAAUAAUGAUAAUAUUAAAAAUUUAAAUAAUGAAAAUAAUAAAAUUACAAAAAACGACAAUAGUGAAAGUAUUAUUAGUAUUAGCACGGAAGAGGUCAGUGCUAAUAUUAUUGAAAAUGAAGAGAUAAGUAAUAGUUAUAGUGAAAAAAUAAAUAAUGAUAAAAAUGAAGAUAUGAAUAACAAUAGUAAUGAAAAUGUUCACAAUGAUAAUAUAAAAAAUAUGAGUACAAACAACUUAAAAGAGAUUAAUAAUAACAAUAUUUCAAAUGAGAAAGAAUGUACAUAUAUGAACAAGAAUGAGGAACAUAUUACAUUAGAAAAAUCUUUAAAAAAUGAAAUGACAGAUGAAAUAUAUAAUUUUUCAACAAAUGACCAAAUAGAUAAGACUAAAAAUUAUAAAAAAUAUGAUUUAACAUAUGAAAAUGAAGAAAAAUGUAAAAGUAAUCAAAAAGAUACUCACACCAUUAUUAAUUAUGAAACGGAAAUAGAGGCGAAAAUGGAAAUAGAAAUAAAAAAAAGUUUAGAAGAAAUAAUUAGCAGUUAUAUUAAUAAUGAUAUUAUUAAUCAGGAUACUGAAUUAAAUAAUAUAGACCAAAUAAAUAUAGAAGAAAAAAAUGAUAAAGAAAAGGAUAUACAAAUAAACGGAGAUAGAGAAAUAAUUUUAAAUAAUUCCUUUUCUUUAAAUACUCAUGAACAGAGUAAUUUAGAUGGGAAUUCUAAAGUAGAGUCCAUUAGUAAUUUUUUUCAUUCAUUUAAAAAACUAAAUAGCGAAUAUAUUAACAUAGAAUCAAAAAAAAAGAAGAAAAAGAAGAAUGUUAAGAAAAAAAAGCAUCAAAGAGAAGUAGAAAAUAUAGUUAGAAAAGUAGAAACUAAUGGAAAUUGUAAUAACAAUUUUAAAACAUCUUCGGAUAUAUAUAAUUUUUAUUUUCUUCUUCAAAGCCAAAUAUUGGAUGAGUUUAAAAAAGGAUACUUAAAAAAAAUGAAAAAAAUAUUUAAUAAAAAAUGCAAAAAAAUUGAAAAAGAUAUUUCUGAAAAUCUAAAAACAAUAGUAAAUAUUUUCAAUAAUGUAGAUCAUAUCAAUGAUGCUCAUAUACAUAUAUGCAAAAAAAAAAAAGAAAAUAGCCAAGAAAACAAUUUUAAGAAUGAAAUCAAAGUGAAUUGCAAAGACAAAAAAUUAAGAAACAAUAAAGCAAAAACUCAAAUAAUUAAUGAUAAAAAUAGUUGCAUUAGCAGCAUUGAUAAUAAUUAUAUGUACAUUAAUGAACCUAAAAGUGAGAAUGAUAAUAAUCAGUACUGUGAUAGUAAAUAUAAUCAUAAUGAUUUCAUUGAGAAUAAUGCGAUUACUUAUAUUAAUAAUAGUUGUGAUACCUUGGAUAAUAUUUACAAAAAUGAUUGUAAUAUUAAAAAUAGUGAUACAGAGUAUAUUAAAUGGAAAAGAAUACAUAAAAAACAACAAAAUGAAGAAAUACAUAUCACGAAUAUACUUGAUACAAUUAAAAAGAAUAUUUAUAAAAAACAGAGUUCCCUUAAUUCAAAAAAAGAUGAUGAAAAUAAAAACGGUGAAGUAAAAUUGAAUAUUUUACGUAGUAAUAGUUUGAUUGAUUUAAAACAAAAUUCUAUAUUUAAAAACUUAAAUUACCCAAAAUUUUGCAAUUCUAUAAAAAAUGACAUAUACAACAAAAUUAAUGCGUUAAAAUAUUUAAACAUUAUUAAACAAAAAAGUGUUAGUGAUAUUAUCCUUAAAAAGAUAAAUGCUAUUGGAAGCCAACACAGAAAAUGGAAUAAAAAAAUAAAUGAUAAAAAUUAUGUAAAGGAAUUCAUUCAACAUAUAAAAAAAAAAAAUAUUGAUAAGAUGAAAUUAUAUAAUUCUGUAAAAGAAAUAAAAAAAUCAUUAAAUAAAAUAAUAAAAACCGAAAGAAAGAAAAAAAGAAAAAAGGUAAAAAAUUUAUUUAGAAAGUUAGAAUUAUAUAAAAAAAAAGAUAUAAUAAAAAUAAGUAAACUAAAAAUUAAUAAAAAAAUCCAUUAUAUUAAUUCAUAUAAUAAUAUUUAUUAUAAAUUUAAAAAACAAUUAAGUGAAAGCAAAUUAAGUGAUGUUAUUUUUUCUAAGUUUAUUAAAAGUUUAAAUAAUGUUAAGAAAAAUGAAAUAAUUAAUAAUACUAAGUAUCAUUUAAAUGAAAAGAUUAAAAAUGAAAUAAAUAGUAAUAUAAAAAAAGCUCCUGUAUAUAUCUACAGAAUAAAACAUCAAAAUAAAUAUAAGCCAAUAAAAAAUUUUAAAUAUUCUUUUUUAUUUAUAAAAAAACCAAUUUAUCAUCCUUUAAUAAGAUAUAAAUUUAUUCCAUAUUAUUAUUAUGAUUACCGAAGUAGAAACAAAGGAUAUAUUUUGAAUAGUCCAUUGGAUAUUAAUAAAAUACGUAAGUUGAAUUAUAAUAAAGAAAAAAAUGAGAAUUUCAUUAGUAACUACACGAGUAAUAAUAACUAUAACAUGAAUUAUGAUAAUAACAAUAAUAACAUCACUAAUUUUAUGAACAAUAAAAUUAGUUUCAUAAGUAAGGGAUUUGAUAAUAAAAAUAUUUCCAAUAAUAUUAAUGAUUAUUAUAUUAGUUUAGAUAAAGCAUAUACUACCCAGAACAAUUAUCAUAGUAAUUUCAAUAAUACAUAUAGAACUUUAAGUGAUAAUGAAGAUAUUUGUGUUAAUAAAAAAUACGAUUGGAGGCACUUAGGCAGAAGAAUUUAUGCAAAAGGGAAAAUAUAUAUAAAUAGGAAUAACCAUAUAAUAAAUAAAUAUAAUAAACAAUAUAAAUACCAAAUAAUAAGUAUAAAUAAUAAGAUGAGAAAUAUUCGUUAUAACUUUUUUAUUUAUGAUAUAUUUAAAAAAAUUUUCAAAUUAAGUAAAAAUGUGAAUCAUAAAAGAAGAAAUUUAGUAGAAAUCUCAAAUAUGAGAUAUAAUGAUAAUAGCAAUGAAAAAAAUAAAUAUGAAAUAUUAAACAAUUUCGAUAUUCAAAAAAAAAUAGAAAAUAAUAACACUUCUUUAAUAAACUAUAGUUUAAAUAAUAAUAUUGAAAAAAUGAAAUAUUUAUAUGUUAAGAAUACAAAUAAUUUAUAUUUUUUUGAAAUAGUGCAAAACAAAAAAAAUGAAAUUAAUAAUGAAAAUAAUAUAAAUGAUAUAAAAAGUUAUGAUAAUAUAUCUACUUUUUACUUAAAUAAAAAUUUAUAUAAAGACACUAUUUUAAAAAAAAAAGAUAAUUUUUUUGACACAAUUAAUUACAAUAUAAAAAAUAUUCCAAAAGAUAACAGGAAUAAUAUCGAAUUACAACUUAAUAAUUAUUAUAAAAUAAACGAAGAAAUGUUACCAAACUCAAAUAACUUGAGUAUGCAUAAAACUUGUUCAAAAAAUUGUAUUUUAAAAAAUACAUAUGGUGCAUAUAAUAAUAUGAAUAAUUUAUAUAAUACAACAAUAAAUCAUAUUAAUAAAAACAAUUUAACAAAAUGCCAUCUUAAAGUAAAAAAGAUUUAUUUUAAUAAUACAAAUGAAACAAGCCAAAUAAAAGAUAGUAAUUUAAAAAAUACUUCAUUGCAAAACACACUAAAAGAUAAUUAUUUUUACGAUAUAAAUAAUACUAAUUUAACAAAUGUAACACUAAAAAAUAAGAACAUUGAAAGCUUUCAGAUUUGUUCAAUUAAUUCUUUAAAAAAUGAACAUAUUAAAAAUACAAAUUAUAAGCAUCAUAUAGAAAAUAUAUGUAUCUAUAAAGAUUUUUAG